GUCAGGGCUGUAGAGUUGAAUUCGGGGGGUGACGCAUCUACUAACUUCCUUUCCUACAUUUCUACGCUGGUCAGCAUACACGUUUCGUGUCAAACGACUUAAAAAUGCGUUACGUGGCUGCUUACUUAUUGGCUGUGCUCGGCGGCAACAAUGCCCCAGCUUCUGGAGACAUUGAAAAGAUCCUCAGCUCCGUUGGUAUUGAAGCCGAUGGUGAGAAACUGAAGAAGGUCAUCUCCGAACUCAACGGCAAGACCAUCGACGAACUUAUCGCCCAAGGCCGCGAAAAGUUGAGCUCCAUGCCAGUCGGUGGUGCCGCCGUUGCUGCUGCACCAGCUGCUGCUGGUGCUCCAGUUGCUGAGGAGAAGAAGGAAUCCAAGAAGGAGGAGAAGAAGGAAGAAUCCGACGAGGAAGACGAUGACAUGGGAUUCGGUCUUUUCGACUAAAAAUCUUGUACCUAUGUCCUUCUU